AUGUGGACCGAUGACGAAGUUAGAAUGUUGAUUGACGAAAGAAAAGAAGGGAGCCAGGCUUCUGAAAAAUUCCAUGGCAUCGUAAAGGAUUGCAGUUUAAUGGAAUUAUCUUUAAGUGAGGACCCGAGAGGAAAACAAACAAGAAACGGAGAAAGAUAUCAUGUAGAGUUCAGAAGUGGGUUUUGGAAAAAACCAAAAUUACAACGGCAACGGUCACAACAGUCACAAAAGUUACAAAGACAACAACAGGAUCCUGAUCAGGAUCAUAAGUUACGAAGUCAACAACAACAACAACAACAACGGCAGGAUCAGUUACGAAGUCAACAACAACAACAGCAACAGCAUCAGCAGAAUUCUGAUCAUCCUGAUCAGGAUCAAAAGUUACGAAGUCUAGAGGAUCAGAAAGUGGUCCAAAUAUUUGAUGAAUUAUUACGAAGUCAACAGCAACAGCAGGAUCAGCAAGUGGUCCAAGUAUUUGAUGAUGAAUUAGAAAGAGAGGAUUCUAGCCAGGCUAGCCAGUCUAGCCUGGCUAUUUGGGAAAUUGACGAUGAUUAA